AUGGCGACCGAAACAGCAUCGGUCGUGAGCGACCGCCAUCUCGACGAGCGCUCCCCCAACCGCGUACCUCGAUCGCCCCCGCGAAGGCGCCACGAAGACCACGGAGACGACGGCAGAGACGACGGCAGAGAGAGAGGGCGCGACCGUGACCAUGACCAACCGCGGCGCAAAGGCGGCGACAGCUACCGGCCGGACCGGCCCAGGGCGCGAGAGCUGCCCAGGCGCGAGCGCACGCCGCCCCCCGUCCCGACCGAGGAGCAGAAGCAGGCCGCCGCCAAGGCAGAGUACGACCGCCUGAUCAACGCGCGCUCAGGGGGCACCUACAUCCCGCCCGCGAGGCUGCGCGCCCUGCAGGCCCAGAUCACGGACAAGACGACCAAGGAGUGGCAGCGGAUGGCGUGGGAGGCGCUCAAGAAGUCGAUCAACGGCCUGAUCAACAAGGCCAACAGCCCCAACCUGAAGCUGAUCGUGCCGGAGCUGUUCAACGAGAACCUGGUCCGGGGCAGGGGCCUGUUUUGCCAGAGCAUCAUGAAGGCCCAGGCGGCAUCUCUCCCCUUCACUCCCAUCUACGCGGCGAUGGUCGCCAUCGUGAACACCAAGCUCCCCGCGGUCGGCGAGCUGCUGGUCAAGAGGCUGGUGCUGCGGUUCCGGAAGGCGUUUCGCAGGAACGACAAGGCGGUCUGCCUGUCGAGCACGGCAUUCCUUGCGCAUCUCACCAACUUCCAGGUCGUUUCUGAAAACUUGGUUGCGCAAAUGCUCAUUCUGUUGUUGCACAAGCCAUCCGAUGAUAGUGUGGAGAUUGCGGUCAACCUGACGAGGGAGGUUGGACAGUUCUUGGAGGAGAUGAACGCCUCUAUUGCCAGGGUUCUGUUUGACCAGUUCCGCAACAUUCUGCAUGAUAGCGCCAUCGAAAAACGAGUGCAAUAUCAGAUCGAGGUCCUGUUCCAGCAGAGGAAGGACAAGUUCAAAGACAAUCCGUCCGUCAAGGAAGAGCUCGACUUGGUGGAGGAAGAGGAUCAAAUCACGCACAACAUUGACUUACAAGGAGAGCUCGAUGGCCAGGACAGUCUGAACAUCUUCAAAUACGAUCCUGAAUACGAGCAGCACGAGGAGGAGUACAAGAAGCUAAAAGCCGAGAUUUUGGGCGAAGGGAGCGAUGAUGAAGACGACAGUGACGACGAAGACGAGUCAUCAGAGAGCGAAGAUGAGGAGCAGAAGGCCGUCGAGAUCAAGGACCAGAGUAAUGCUGACCUGGUCAACUUGCGAAGAACGAUUUACUUGACCCUGAUGUCCUCUGCAGACUACGAGGAAUCGGUUCAUAAGCUCCUCCGAAUCCAGAUACCUAUGGGCUUGGAGAAGGAAAUACCGGAGAUGGUAGUCGAAUGCUGCAGUCAGGAGAAGACGUACACAAAAUUCUACGGUGGUAUUGCGGAGCGACUGGCCAAGAUCAACAGGAUGUGGAAUGAGUUGUUCGAGGCUGCUUUCGCCGACUAUUACGAGAAGAUUCACCGGUACGACAGCAACAAGCUACGGAACAUCGCCAGGCUCUUCGGGCAUAUGUUCGGCUCAGAUGCUAUCGGCUGGCAUUGCUUGUCAAUUAUCCACCUCAAUCAGGAGGAGACGACCUCGGCAUCGCGUAUCUUCAUCAAGAUCCUGUUUCAAGAGAUUUCGGAGGAGAUUGGCUUGAAGAAAUUACAAGCCCGUUGCAGAGACCCGCUCCUUCAGCCGAGCCUCGAGAGCCUCUUCCCACGAGGCGAGGAACGGCGCAACAUCCUCUUCGCCAUCAACUACUUCACUUCCAUCGGCAUGGGUGCACUCACAGAGGACAUGCGAGAGUAUCUUCAGAGUCUGCCGCCGCCUGCACUUCCUGCGCCGAUCAAGGCAGACGAAUCAGACUCGGACUCGGCGUCCAGCUAUUCAUCUUACACGGGCUCCUCCUAUUCUCGAUCCCGCUCGCGCUCGCGCACGCCUCCCCGGCGGGCCAUCGACCGCCGCCGUUCAUACUCUCGAAGUGUGACGCCGCCCCGUCGCAACAACAGGGAGAGAUCAUACAGCCGAGAUCGCAGCUUGACUAGGUCCAUCUCAACCAGUCGCUCCCGUUCACCACCCCCCCGUCGAGAUGUUCGGGAUGGUGAUCGCGGCCGUUCGAUCACUCGCUCCCCGCCAGCCAGGGGUGCGCCAGCCAGGGACCGCUCGUACAGCCGCUCAUCGCGAUCCUACUCCUCAGGUAGCUCGCGCUCCCCGCCACCGAGGCGUGCCGCCCGACGCAUCCCCACCACCCGCGCGGCGUCCGGCGAACCGCUCGCUGCCUGGCUCACGCUCCCCGCCACCCCGGAGCCGUGCACCAGCGCGAUCCAUCUCCCGAUCACCCACGCCACCUCCACGACGUCGCCCCGCGCCCAGGAGUCCAUCCCGGACGCGGUCUCCACCGCGACGAGGAGGAGCAGCCGCGACGCGCCAGACUCGGUCCCCAUCGAGAUCGGCGUCACCUCCGCGGCGCCGGGCGAGGAGGAACAGCUCGUCCGACGUGAGUGCCGCGCCAAGGGGCGAGCGGAAGAGGCGGAACAGCAGCUCAAGCGUAGAGAGCGGGCCGCGAAGGAAGUACCGCAGGGGUAG